AUGUCGUACAAUGUGUGGGAUAUACCGUCAGCUAACAAUGGGUACAAAGUCCAGCAGCACACAAUGCGCGGAGGACAAGCGAUACGACUGACCAAACAAGCAAAUUCUCGGACGUCCGCAGGGGAAGACCCGUGCAUGUCGAACGACACCGGCGGGUGCGAGAGAUGGUGCCGGCAUAAGGGCACCAAGUUCGGUUCCUGCACCGGUGGGGCUUGCAGCUGUUCGAACGUCCCUUCGAUCGCGCGCACAGGAGAAUCGGACGACCCCUGUCGGCGGAAAGACCAGAUGGAGUGCAGCGUCAGGUGCCUUAAGGUGGACUACGUGUCCGGUCACUGUUUGGGCCGCGUCUGCCACUGCAUGAAGCACGACAGCCUUUAUCCGGGCCCAACACUCUCAGAGCUCGGCACGCGGCAAGUGGCCGGUGCGCCGACUAAGAGAGAAGCAACCCCCGAGAGGCUACCCUCGAAUGAUCAGACGGAUAGAGGGGCGCCCAAGAGGAGCCCGGUUGUUGAGCAGGUGAGCGACACGAGCAAGAAGAGAGGCCAUGACACGUCGUAUCUGACGUCUUUGCUAUUCUAUUCGGAGAGGAACUGA